AUGCCUCCCCACCGUCUACCUGAGCUGCUAGGAAUAGGCCCAUCAAACACCUUCUGCGACUUGUAUGCUAUUGGUGUUCAAGAAGCGCCCUCGAUUGGCAUCGAGCUCCAAGUCCUUGCAACGCUCGGAGAAGAUUACAAGAAGCUCGUUCAUGUGUCACUCGCUUCCAUCCAUCUUACCCUGUUCGUCAAGAAAGAGCUUGCCUCCGAGAUGUCUGACAUUCACACAGACAGAGUAGCCACUGGCGUGGCUGCUUUCUUUGGAAACAAGGGCGGGGUGGCAGCUGCCUUCACCUACCGAGGCACCACGUUUCUCUUUGUCACCUGCCAUCUCGCAGCGCAUCAGGACGCCGUAUUGGAGCGGAACGACCAGUUCGGCCGCAUCAGCCGGACCCUCUUUGUAAAAGAACGGGACUGGGCAAGAAGGGUCAACCAAGAACGGGUCCAAUCGAGCAGCCCACGAUCCCCCCGAACGGUUCGAUCCCCGCCCCCACAAACCGCCCUCUCAAGCCAGCCUGCAGCUUCGCUUUACUCCCCCGGAACAAGUUCCCCGGGUACUAAUCACUCAAGCCACUCCUCUGAAUCAGCGACACUAUCUGGGGCUGCGACGUACAGAAGCGUUGCAUCCCCCUCUCAGCGAGACUCCCGUUCUGAGCCGCAUGCCAAUGUUACCGGGAAUAGGAUGACGGAGAUCCAACCGACUGGAUUUGAAAGCUCGCCCCUGAGCCCGCACUUUACCCCGGGGCAGAUCACCGAUACUCGAAAAGCUGGUGAGAGAGUAGGGAACUCGAGCGUCGCUGGAGUUCCGCCUGAGCCAUCGGUUUCUUCUGAGGCGCUCCUGAAGCCCCACGUGGCGGACGAUUUCGAUAUCAUCGUGUGGAGCGGCGAUCUGAACUACCGGGUGGAAGGCAACCGGAGGGUGGCGGAUGCUGCUCUCGAGCAGAACUUGCUGGAGGUGCUGAGAGCAAAUGAUCAGCUACUGCGGGAGAAGCAGGCCGGCAACGCCUUCCAAGGAUACGAAGAAGGAGACCUCUCUUUCACCCCGACCUACAAGUUCGAUGAUCGGAGCCAGCGAUACGACAGCAGUACGAAGGUAUUGUCGGCGUCGCUUGCUGCCCUUACUUGA